AUGGCGUAUAUCGAUAGAUGUAAGUGAAUUACUGAUGAAUAGAGUCAUUUUAAGAACAAAUUGAUUUCAGACGGAAAUGUUCGCGAGGGAACAACAAGACGUGGCCGCCAGCAAAGAGGAAAUGGCGGACAAUCGGCAUUUUAUGGACUUAUUUUGUUGACCCUACUAUUAUGUGCACUCUACUGGUACAAUGCUCGACAAAAGGGAUUUUUUGAAAAAGCGUUAGAUCAUUUUUCUCAACUCGGUUAUUCGACGGACUGGACUGGACUACUCAACGUUGGCCGAUUACUCAACACUUUGAAUAAUAUCGUUUUCUUUUUCUUUUAA